AUUUUCUUUCUUGUCUCAGGAACCCAAGCAUGACCAGGAAGCUCUUCACAAAUACAAGGGAGAGGUGGAGGCAGCAGAAUGUCAACAGGGCUUUUGCCAAGCUGAGGAAGCUUAUCCCAACUCACCCUCCAGACAAAAAGCUGAGCAAAAAUGAAACUCUACGUCUAGCCAUGAGGUAUAUCAACUUCUUGGUCAAGGUCCUGGGGGAACAAGGUCUGCAGCAAACAGGAGUUGAGGCUCAGGGAAACAUUCUGGGGCUCUUCCCCCAAGCACCCCACCUACCAAGCCUGGAGGACAGGACUCUACUUGAUGACUGUCAGCUUCCUUUACCCGGCCCAAGUCACUACAUUUCAUAGCGUGGCU